CCCUGUCUGGCCUGUCAAGAUUUAUCCUGUCCAAAAUGGUCGGCUUCAAAUCCGCUGUCUUCCUACUGCUACUGCACGCGGUCUUCGGCUCUGCCUACCGCUGGUACAACUGGCAGUUCGAGGUCACUUGCCAGUCCGAUGCGUAUAUCGCACCGCUAGAUGAGGAUGCAGCGGCGGACUUCCUCCAACAACAAUACGCUGAAGGCUCUCACAUCAAAGUCGUCGGAAACGGUCAUGGAUUUGGUAAUCUUACCCAGUGUGUCGACCAGAGUCUGACCAAAAAGCCUACCUAUAUUGUUUCGCUCGUCAACCUGAAGAAACUCCACAUUGAUAAGAAGAAUAUGACUGUGACCUUCGGGGCUGGAUGGGAUGUCGAUGAUCUUACCCAGGAGCUCAAGGCAAAUGACCUGUCCUUUAAUCACCUUGGUGUUGAGCGUGUUCAAAACUUCGUUGGUGCUGCCUCGACUGGUACACAUGGCUCCGGGUCGAACAUGGGCAACAUCGCCAGCCAGAUUGUUGGACUGCGUGUUUUGGAUGCACAGGGCAAUCUCCGUGUCGUCAACGAGAGUACCCCCGAAGAGCUGAAAGCGUUCCGUAUCAGUCUCGGAGCACUAGGUCUCAUCACCGAGAUGACCAUCAAGGUCCAGCCUACCUACCGCGUCAAAAAGACCACCAAGGUCAUGAACGCCACCUCCGACUACAACCAGAUGUACAAGCAAAUCGCACAACUAUACAAACAGCACGACCGCAUGACCGUCUGGGGCCCACACUUCGACUGGAACGAGAAGACAAAGAACUGGGAUCUAGAACCUACCUACUUCCUCUCCUACUGGGAGCCAACCAACUACACCGGUGCCAGCAACUGCACCCUGAACUACUGCGCCAACGGCUGCGGCGACUGCAAGAAGGAAUACAUCUGCUACGACGAAGUCAGCGACUCCGUCUCCUGCCCUCCCCAGGGAAUCUGCAACAGCCGCUUCUACGCCGAGAUCGAGCACUUCCUACCUAUCGAGUACUAUGCCGAAGCUGCCGCGAAUUAUACCAGAUUCCAGCAGUCACAGACACCGCGCAUGACGGGGCCAUCAAAUAAGCAGAUGGUUAUCCAGCACCGCUCGCUGCGUGGUGACGAUACGUACUUGUCCCCUGUGAACACGUAUAACCUGGACCCGAGUCUCAGUGGGAUCUUUGGUAUUAUCGAAAUCGACUGGAUCCAGGAGUAUGAUAGCUUUGAGACGCUGUGGCAGAACCAGGAACUUGCGUAUGAGUUCUUGCCGAAGUUUGGUGAGACUUAUAAUGCGCGCCCGCACUGGAAUAAGAUGAAUGCGCCGGAUGCGGAGUACAUGAGGGGGAUGUAUCCGAAGUUGCCGGAGUUUUUGGAGAUCCAGAAACGCCAGGAUCCGAAGUGUCAGUUUGUGAAUGAGUUUUUGGUCUCGCAGCUUGGUAUUACACGUUGUGGGGAUUAUCUAUCAUAGCUGCUGUCCAUUUUAUAGAGUUUGGCAUUUGAAGGUAUACACACUCCAAGGGCUGGGAUAAACGAGGAAUAACCGGCUGAAUACAACCAUAUUACUGUAUAUAGUAAUAAAAGCAAU